AUGUUCCGCUCCGCCGUCGUCCGCUCCCUCAGGGCCUCUGUCCCUCGUGCCGUCAAGACUCCGGCUCCCUUCCAGAUCCGUAGCUCUCCUGUCGCUCGCCCGGCUCAAUUCGCCCCUCGCUUUGCCUACCAGGGUGUCAGACUCUACUCCGCUCCCGCCGGUCUCAACAAGGACGAGGUUGAGGGUCGGAUAGUCAACCUUCUGAAGAACUUUGACAAGGUCUCCGAUGCUAGCAAGAUCAACGGUGCCUCUCACUUCGCAAAUGACCUCGGCCUGGACAGCUUGGAUACCGUUGAGGUCGUCAUGGCCAUCGAGGAGGAGUUCAGCAUUGAGAUCCCCGACAAGGAGGCCGACUCCAUCCACAGCGUUGACAAGGCUGUUGAGUACAUCCUUGGCCAGCCCGAUGGUAAGCUUAACACCCUUGCUUGUGCAAUUGAAUCCAUCCUGCGGGAAUUCAGUACUGACUACUCUGCUAGCUCACUAAAUAUGAACGUAAUGCGAGGACUCGGAGUGGAUUGGGGGACUUAG